GAGUCAUUGACGGGUGCAUUGUUUCAAAGACCACCUCUUAUAUCUGCAGUGAAACGACAACUCAGAGUUCGGACAAUCUAUGAAAUCAAAUUUUUAGAAUAUAAACAAGAGCAGAACAUGGGAUUAUUUUGGGUUAGCUGUGAGGCUGGAACUUACAUAAGAACACUGUGUGUUCAUUUGGGUUUAUCACUGGGUACUGGAGGUCAAAUGCAAGAAUUGAGAAGAGUUCGAUCUGGGAUUCAGUCAGAAAAGGAUGGAUUAGUGACAAUGCAUGAUGUUUUAGAUGCUCAAUAUCUGUACCUUAAUCAUAAAGAUGAGUCAUAUCUGAGACGAGUCAUCAAACCUUUAGAAGCCUUAUUAGUUUCUCAUAAAAGGAUUGUUAUGAAAGACACUGCUGUAAAUGCCAUAUGUUAUGGUGCCAAAAUUAUGCUUCCGGGAGUCUUGCGUUAUGAAGAUGGAAUCGAAGUGAAUGAAGAAAUUGUUUUAAUUACGACAAAAGGAGAAGCUAUUUGUCUUGCCAUAGCUCUUAUGACAACGGCUACAAUUGCCAGCUGUAAUCAUGGAGCAGUGGCAAAAAUUAAGAGGGUUGUCAUGGAACGUGAUACAUAUCCCCGAAAAUGGGGUCUGGGUCCUGUUGCUUCUGCAAAAAAGAAAAUGAUUGUCGAAGGUUUGCUGGAUAAACAUGGAAAGCCAAAUGAAAAUACACCUGCUAAUUGGUUAGCCACAUAUGAAGAUUAUGUAAAAGGAGCCGUACCAGUUGCAAAUAUUAAGACAGAACCGGUAGAAGUUCCAGAAGUGUCACGAAAGAGACAUGUUAGUGCAAGCAGUAGUGAGAAUGGUUCUACAGAAGAAGCUAUGCCAAGUGUCAAAGAAGAAGCACCACAAGAAAUGACAACUAAAAAAGAAAAGAAGAAAAAGAAGAAGAAAAUGAAAUUAGAUGACGACAGUACUGUUUUACAGUCUUCAGAACAGGAAUUGCCAGCCAGCAGAUGAUAUCCAUCCUAAAUUCAACAAAAUUUUAUUAUUAUUUUUUUUUGUUAAAUAUAUAUCCUUUAAAGUAAAAAAUCAUUCAAUACCUUAUUGUAAUUUAGAAUAUGAAUAUUAAGUACAGUACUUUUCACACAAGAACCAAUCAGUCAGGUCUGAAUGGUGGUGUAUGCAAACCUCAACUGUAAUUGUGAUGUGUGCCUUACAAUCAAAAUGGAAAUUGUUGAUACUAUUAACAAAAGUGAUUGAU